AUGGGUGGGAACAGGUACAUGGAGGAGAAGCGUGCCAUGUAUGCUUCGCCAAAAUCGAAGCGAAAAAUGUUGUUAAUAGCUGGUGCCGCCGCCGCCGCGGUCCUUGUCAUCGUAAUUGUACUUGGUGUUUACUUCGGAGUCGUCAAAAAAAACCACGAUUCUUCGACAGCGUCAAAUGUUGCGUCUGGAGACUCCUCCAAUUCGGGCAGUUCUUCUUCUUCGUCCGGGAAUUCGGGUUCGAGUUCUACCCAGAAAACACUCGCAGUAACCGGAGGAGAUGGGAGCACGGUGACCAUGGAAGAUGGUACGACUUUCACCUACUCGAAUCCUUUUGGUGGAACGUGGUAUUGGGAUAUAAACGAUCCCUUUAACAACGGAGCUAGUGCGCAGUCGUGGUCGCCUGCCUUGAACGAGACUUUCAACUACGGCGUUGAUAGGAUACGUGGAGUAAAUUUAGGUGGUUGGUUGACAGUCGAGCCUUAUUCGCACCACUUGGUUGCUCCUGCUCUUUUUGAACCCUAUGUCAACGAUACGGUACCAGCUGUCGAUGAAUGGACUCUUUCGCAAAGCAUGGCUGCAGACACGAGCAGGGGUGGCUUGACCCAGCUCGAAACACACUAUCAAACCUUCAUUACUGAACAAGAUUUUGCUCAAAUCGCUGGCGCCGGUCUGAACUACGUUCGUAUUGCUCUUCCCUUCUGGGCCAUUGAAACCCGAGGAUCGGAACCAUUUCUAGAGGGAACUGCUUGGAAAUACUUCCUCAAGGCCAUACAAUGGGCAAGGAAAUACGGAAUUCGUAUCAAUCUUGACUACCAUGCGCUUCCUGGCUCCCAGAAUGGCUGGAAUCAUUCUGGAAAGCUUGGCUCCAUUAACAUGCUCAUGGGACCUAUGGGUCUUGCAAAUGCUCAACGCUCCCUGGAUCACAUCCGUAUCAUUGCAGAAUUUAUUUCCCAGCCCGAAUAUAGCAGUGUCGUAACCAUGUUCGGGAUUACGAAUGAACCGCAGGCUUCUGCUAUUGGAAAUGACCAAGUUCAAGCAUUUUAUUUGCAAGCCUAUGAAGUCGUGCGCAAGGCCAGUGGUGUUGGUGCAGGUAACGGACCCAUAGUUUCCUUCCACGACGCUUUCCUAUCUCGAUCAGACUGGGCGGGAUUCCUUCCUGGUGCAGACCGUAUUUCUCUAGACUCUCAUCCAUACCUCUGCUUCAGCACGCAGUCUUCUGCUCCCAUUAGCUCCUAUGCCACUACCCCCUGUACUGCCUGGGGAGCCGAUGUCAAUAGCUCGAUGUCCAACUUUGGAUUGACUCAGGCUGGCGAGUUUAGUAACGCAGUCACUGAUUGUGGACUUUGGGUUAACGGAGUCAACCAAGGUAUCCGUUACGAGGGUACUUAUGUUGCGGACCCUUCUUUCAAAUCAGUCGGAUCAUGCGACUCGUGGACGGACUGGCAAGCUUAUGAUCAAACCACAAAGGAUGCUAUUAAACAGUUUGCAUUGGCCAGUAUGGACUCGCUACAGAAUUGGUUCUUCUGGACAUGGAAGAUUGGCAAUUCGUCUGUGACCGGCAAGGUCGAAUCUCCCGCAUGGUCUUACUCACUCGGUUUGGAACAAGGCUGGAUGCCUACGGAUCCUCGUGCGGCAGACGGUACUUGCGGGAACACGAGCCCGUGGACUCCCCCUCUUGCCGCCAACCAAUUGGGGAACGACAAGUCCGCAUCGCUCGCUUCCUCCGUAUCUGCUUCAUACCCGUGGCCGCCGUCAACGAUCAUCGGCGGUGGUGUUCCCUCCAAACUCCCGACAUACACGCCUACCGGAGCGAUCCCUACUCUUUCUGCGCCGACAUUCACGCAGUCUGGUGUCACGGCUACUGCGACGCCUACUCCAGGUAGUGGGUGGGAGAAUGCCAGUGAUCAGGCGGGGUUGAUGGUGAAUAUCGCAACGUGCAGUUACCUUGACCCUUGGAUCGGGACGACGGUGAACCCACCGUCACCAUUGUGUUCUAGCAGCUCCAAGAGACGAGAACCAGCGCUCGAGUACAGGGAGCCGAUGAUUACAGCGAUGCCGGUACUAUAA